AUGACCCUGUCGGAUACACGUUCCGCGGGUGCAAGUGCUAGCAGUUCUGUCCAAGACACUAUUCGAAUAACAAUAGGUGGUGACCAUGAUACAAAGAAGAAUACUCGGAGAUCAAAAUUGAACAGAAUCAAAACGACAAAAUACACUUUCCUUACCUUCCUGCCACUGAAUCUGAUGGAACAGUUUAAGCGUAUGGCAAAUAUCUAUUUUCUCUUUAUGACAAUCAUAUCAUGGCUAAUUGAUAGUCCAGUAUCACCAAUGACAGCAUUGGUUCCAUUGGUUUUCGUAAUCGGUGUGGCGGCAGCGAAGCAAGGCUAUGAAGACAUACAGCGUCAUAAAUCCGAUAACAAAGUCAAUCGUACAAAAGCUACCCUAAUACAAAAUGGCAAUGAAAACCAAAUACAAUCCCAAUACAUAUCUCCUGGAGAUUUGGUUUUAGUGAAACGAGAUUGGGAUGUUCCCUGUGAUCUGGUAUUGUUGCAGUCCUCAGAUCCUCAUGGCAAAUGUUACAUAAAUACCGCCAAUUUAGAUGGAGAAUCGAAUUUAAAAACUCUUAUGGUUCCUCGAGAGCUACCUGCAGUGGGUUUAGAGGCAAUGAAUUCUCUGGGUCGCAUAGAAUGUGAACACGCCAAAACUGAUUUAUAUAGUUUUAAUGGAAAAAUUGAAUUAACCUCACCGGAAGGCCUGGUACUGCCACUUACUGCAGAAAAUGUUCUCUUACGUGGUUCCAGAGUCAAGAAUACCGAAAGCAUUAUUGGUUGUGCUGUCUACACAGGCAUGAGCACAAAAUUGCAAUUGAAUUCUCGCCAUACUCGAAAUAAAUUUGCCUCCAGUGAAAUAUAUUUGAAUCGCUUUCUUAUAUUCAAUUUGAUCCUGAUGUUUGGCAUUUGCGCUUUGUUGUAUUUUCUAAAAAAUCGUGCCGAGGUAACCAUCAUACCAGAUAUGGAAUAUGUGGUCACUACUGUGAACAUCUAUGCCUUUACACAAUUUUUCCAAGAUUUCUUUUCAUUUUUGGUGUUAUUCAAAUAUUUGGUACCUAUCUCUAUGUAUGUGAUUGUUGAAAUGUGUCGUGUAAUGGCUGGGCAAUUUAUGAGAUGGGAUCUCCAUUUAUAUGACGAGGCCACCGAUCAGCCCUGCAUGGUUAAUGCAACGAAUUUAAAUGAGGAAUUGGGUCAGAUAAAUAUUCUAUUUUCGGAUAAAACUGGCACACUGACCAAAAAUGAAAUGAUUUUUCAACAAUGUUCGAUUGUUGGAAGAAAAUAUCAUUCUCAUCAAACGCAAUUGGAAGAGGAGGGAACAAAGAAUGUCAUUGAUUACAAUGGGUUUAAUGAAGACCAACGAAAUUUUUUCCAAGCCUUGGCCAUAUGUCAUACAGUUCAAGUUGCUGGUGAUAUUCAGGGAAGCUCUUAUGAAAAUGGAAUAUCGGAUGUGGGCACUACAGGAGCAUGGAUGAAUGGGGACUCUAAGAAAAAUAUAUCUAAUAGUACAGGGAAAGCUAGUAAUGGAACCGAAGCAACAGCAUUUGACGAAUCUCAAGCCCCCUCAGAUUUCCAAAAACAAAUUGAAAGAACUAUAAAAACACUUGACUAUCAAUCCUCUAGUGCUGAUGAAAAAGCUUUGAUAGAAGCAUGCGCUAACUUAGGUUUGGUUUACACCGGCGGCGAUGAUGAACAAUUGAAAAUUCGCAUUGUAGACCCUCACAAGAAUUCCACGGAUGAAAUUGUUUUUGAAAAAUUGCAUACAUUAGAAUUUACCUCCGAACGUAGAAGAAUGAGUGUCAUAGUGAAGGAUGCCUCUGGCGUUAGGUGGAUUUAUACCAAAGGCGCCGAAAGUUGCAUAUUUCCUUUGUGCAAUAAGGAAUCACAAGAAUUGAUUACAAAAACCGAUGAUCACAUCACAGAUUUUGCACGUUUGGGUUUGAGAACUUUAGCCAUUGCAAGGAGAAAAAUUGGUGAUGAUGAAUAUGGAGAAUUUUUAAAAGAAUUGAAAGAGGCCAGCUUUUCUUUGGACAAUCGCAAUGAACUGAACGAAAUGUGUUAUGAAAAAAUGGAAAAGGAUCUUGAUUUAUUGGGUGCUACAGCCGUAGAAGAUGCUUUGCAAGAUGAUGUGGCCGAUACUUUAACAUCUCUUAAGAGGGCUGGCAUUAAAACCUGGGUCUUAACCGGCGACAAAAUGGAAACUGCUCUUAAUAUAGCCAUAUCCUGUGGCCAUAUUACACCAAAUGCCCUGAAAUAUUUCAUAACCGAAUGCAGUAGCAAGGAAGAUAUGUUGGAUCAUUUAGAUAAUCUUGACUACCAUAUGAAAUUCGCCCGAAAUAAAGACUUUGCUUUACUAAUCGAUGGCAAGAGUUUGGCAGUGGCUUUAAAUGAAACGUCCAAUGAAUUUCGAGAUUUAACCAUAAAAUGUGAUGCAGUGCUUUGUUGCCGUUUGAGUCCUUUGCAGAAGAGUAAAGUUGUGGCCUUGAUAAAAAGUUCGCCUGAGAAUUUUAUCACCGCAGCCAUUGGUGAUGGGGCGAAUGAUGUUAGCAUGAUACAAGAGGCUCAUGUGGGUAUAGGCGUUAUGGGCAAAGAGGGUCACCAAGCUGCUCAGUGUGCUGAUUUUGCUUUUGGCAAAUUUUAUAUGCUUAAGCGUUUGUUGCUGGUCCAUGGCCAUUAUAAUAGUGUGCGCUUGGCUAUGAUGAUUUUGUAUUUCUUCUACAAGGGAAUAUUCCUUAUGGGUGUUAUGUUCAUAUUCCAAUUUUAUACCUUGUUCUCAACAACAUCGGCCUUUGACUCGCUACCCAUGACUUUGUAUAAUGUCAUCUAUACCACAUUGCCUAUGUUUAUUUUGUCGCAGACAGAGAAACCCUAUCCACAGGAAAUGCUAUUGAGUCAACCAGAGUUGUAUAAGAAAAUCACCAAAAAUAAACCCCUGCAUUGGACACCGUUUUUUGUUUGGAAUUUAUCGGGCAUAUAUCAUGCUGUUAUAUGUUUCUAUUUCGCCUGGUGCAUCUUCUCUGUCAACGAUGUGAUUUUGAAUGUAGGCCAGACAGCUGACUUGGCCAGUUUGUGUGCUUUGCUUAUGCAUGUGGUAAUUCUGGUGGAACAUUUGAAGCUAUGGCUGGAGACUAAAUAUCAAAGUUAUUGGUUUAUUUUCUCCACAUUUUUCUCCAUACUGGUAUACAUUGGUACUAUGGUGCUUUAUGACAGUUUUAAUAUCAACCACGACACCGACUUAUAUUGGACCUACAACAAGGUGCUGGUUUCCAUUCCAGCCUGGCUGUACAGUAUUUUAACCACUGUGGCAUGUUUAUUGCCUGAUUUUACAAUUAACAUCGCUAUAAAGGGCUUAAACUUGCACCAGCGAUGUUUCAAAAGAGGAAAGGAUAUUUCAAGCUGAUUUAGG